AUGGCGGCGCCGCGGAGGAGCGGGCCGCGGCUCGCGGCCGUCCUCGCGCUGCUGCUGCAUCUCGCGGCGGUGAUCGAGGGGAAGAGCUUCUACGACGUGCUGCAAGUCCCCAAGGGCGCGUCGGAGGAUCAGAUCAAGAGGUCGUACCGCAAGCUCGCGCUCAAGUACCACCCCGACAAGAACCCCGACAAUGAGGAGGCCACCAAGCGAUUCGCCGAGAUCAAUAAUGCGUAUGAGGUCUUGACGGAUCAGGAGAAGAGGAAGAUCUAUGACCGGUAUGGUGAGGAGGGGCUGAAGCAGUUCCAAGGCGGGAGAGGAGGAGGCGGUGGUGGGAUGAACAUGCAGGACAUCUUCAGCAGCUUUUUCGGAGGAGGUGGUGGUGGUAUGGAAGAGGAGGAAGAACAGAUCAUAAAAGGUGAUGAUGUGAUUGUUGAACUGGAUGCUUCACUAGAGGACCUGUACAUGGGUGGUUCAUUAAAGGUUUGGAGAGAAAAAAACAUCAUAAAACCAGCACCAGGAAAGAGACGAUGCAACUGCAGGAAUGAAGUUUACCACCGUCAAAUUGGUCCUGGAAUGUAUCAACAAAUGACCGAGCAGGUCUGCGACCAGUGUCCAAAUGUUAAGUAUGUACGAGAAGGUGACUUUUUAACUGUUGAUAUUGAGAAGGGUAUGCAAGAUGGACAGGAGGUUUCAUUUUUCGAGGAAGGAGAGCCUAAGAUUGAUGGAGAACCUGGAGACUUGAAGUUCAAGAUUCGGACAGCACCACAUGACCGCUUCAGAAGAGAAGGCAAUGACCUGCAUGCAACAGUUACAAUCUCCCUGCUCCAAGCUCUGGUUGGAUUUGAGAAGAACCUCAAGCAUCUUGACAACCAUCUUGUCCAAAUCGGCUCCCAGGGUGUCACUAAGCCCAAGGAGGUAAGGAAAUUCAAAGGAGAGGGCAUGCCAUUGCACCAAAGCAACAAGAAAGGCGAUCUGUAUGUGACGUUUGAGGUGUUGUUCCCGAAAACCCUGACAGACGACCAGAAGGCCAAGCUGAAGGACGUUCUUGCAUAA